GCGGAGUCGCAGUCAGUUUGGCGUUGGUUCCGAGAGGGCGCGGGGUUUCCAGUGGCCGCCGGCGCGCGGGAGGCUGGCCCGAGGCCGGGCAGCGGGGCCUCCGCCAUGCCCGGGAUGGUGCUCUUCGGUCGGCGAUGGGCCAUCGCCAGUGACGACCUGGUCUUCCCGGGGUUCUUCGAGCUGUCCCUGCGAGUGGUGUGGUGGAUUGGCAUUUUGACUUUGUACCUCCUGCACAGAGGCAAGCUGGACUGUGCUGGCGGUGUCCUCCUCAGCAGUUACUUGAUUGUUCUUAUUGUCCUCCUAGCAGUUAUAAUAUGUACCCUGACAGCCAUCGUAUGUGUCAGCAUGAAAGGAACCAUCUGUAACCCUGGACCGCGGAAAUCCAUGGCUAAGCUGCUUUACGUCCGCCUGGCGCUCUUUCUGCCAGAGAUGGGCUGGGCUUCUCUGGGGGCCGCCUGGAUAGCAGACGACAUUCAGUGUGACAAGACGGUUGUGAAUGGCAUCAUUGCCACUGUCGUUGUCAGCUGGAUUAUCAUCGUCUCCACUGUGGUUACCAUUAUCGUCGUCUUUGACCCACUGGGGGGGAAGAUGGCUCCGUAUUCCUCUGCUGGCCCCAACCACCUGGACAGUCAUGAAUCGAGCCAGCUACUUAACGGCCUCAAGACAGCAGCUACCAGCGUGUGGGAGACCAGGAUCAAGUUACUGUGCUGCUGCGUCGGGAAAGAUGACCAUACUCGAGUUGCUUUUUCGAGUACGGCAGAGCUUUUCUCAACCUACUUUUCAGACACAGAUCUGGUGCCCAGCGACAUUGCGGCGGGCCUCACCCUUCUCCAUCAGCAACAGGACAACAUCAGGAACAGCCAGGAGCCUGAUGAGGUCAUCAGCCAUUCCCCAGGCCCCCCCCAGGAAGCUGAUUUAGAUGCAGAGUUAGAAAAUUGCCAUCAUUACAUGCAGUUUGCAGCAGCCGCCUACGGGUGGCCCCUGUACAUUUAUCGGAACCCCUUCACAGGGCUGUGCAAGAUCGGUGGGGACUGUUGUAGAACCAGGACAGCAGAAUAUGACUUGGUUGGAGGUGAUCAGCUCAGCUGCCAUUUUGGCUCCAUCCUGCAGACGACAGGGCUACAGUACAGGGACUUCAUUCACAUAAGCUUUCAUGACAAGGUCUACGAGCUUCCCUUUUUAGUGGCUCUGGACCACAGGAAGGAGUCCGUCGUGGUGGCAGUGCGAGGAACCAUGUCUCUCCAGGACAUCCUCACGGACCUGUCAGCGGAGAGCGAGGACCUGAACUUGGAGUGUGGGGUGCAAGACUGUUCGGCGCACAAGGGGAUUUCUCAGGCCGCCAGAUAUGUGUACCAGCGCCUCAUCAACGAUGGGAUCUUGAGCCAAGCGUUCAGCAUUGCUCCCGAAUACCGGCUAGUGGUCGUGGGACACAGCCUGGGGGCCGGUGCCGCGGCCCUGCUGGCCAUCAUGCUCAGGAGCUCGUACCCUCAACUCCGGUGCUACGCCUUCUCCCCGCCCCGGGGGUUGCUGAGCAAAUCCCUUUAUGAACACUCCAAGAACUUCACCGUGUCGCUUGUGCUAGGCAAGGAUAUCAUCCCCAGGUUAAGUGUGACCAACUUGGAAGAUUUGAAGAAGAGAAUCUUGCGAGUGAUCGCGCACUGUAACAAGCCCAAGUACAAGAUCCUGCUGCGCGGGUGCUGGUAUGAGCUGUUCGGAGGCGACCCUGACAACCUUCCAACAGAGCUGGACGGGGGCGCCCAGGGACACCUGACGCAGCCGCUUCUGGGGGAGCAGAGCCUGCUGACGCACGGGUCCCCGACAUACAGCUUCUCCAGCGACUCCCCCCUGGAGUCCCCCGCCAAGUACCCCCAUCUCUACCCUCCCGGCAGGAUCAUCCACCUGGAGGAAGAAGGCACCUCAGGGAGGUUUUGCCGCGCCGCCGCUCGGUACAGUGCGAGGUGGGCACACGAAUCACAGUUCAGCAAAAUACUCAUCGGCCCGAAGAUGUUAACGGACCACAUGCCCGACGUCCUGAUGAAAGCCUUGGACAGCGUGGUGUCCGACAGGGCCGCCUACGUUUUCUGUCCCCCCGGAGGUGGCUCCAACGUGGACGUGGUCCGCCAGCUUUAGCCCAGAGCUCUGGCCCCAGUUGCACGAGCACCCAUGUGGACGCCCCACCCGCAUCCGAAGGUCCCAAACCGAGCCUGACUCCCCACCGGUCCCUGCUGACUCUUCAGCUUCUCCCCUGGAGGGGCCUCUCCCCGUCCCCCAGCAUGAAAACCUGCACUGGAAAUAAGUGUUUCCAAGCGCCUAGGAUUUCAGGUGAGGCAAACGUACACACACCCCAGGAGGUCGUUCGAGCUCUCAAGAAUUCAAGUAUUACAGUCAUAUAUGAUUCAAGGAUUUAUUAAGUCACACAUGCAAAACAUAACUGCUAAUUGCAUUAGCAAAAGAUCAAUGUAAAAACACUCCACAAGUCUGCAACGGUCAAUUUAAAAAACUUUGUUCUAGUGGUUGAAAGGUCCAACCUUGGAUUCUUGCCAGCGGGUAAGUUGUACAGAACUUGGUUAGCACGAGCACGGGCUUACAGAACCUCACAGACCCAAAGGAACGUGGUUGAUUAGGCAGAGCGACAGGAAGCGUGUGUCCGGGGGAAGGCGGCCAGGAGGAGGGUCAGCAUUAGUCAAGGUACAGUACUGGUGAUCUGGCAAGACAGUGAUGUUACGAAAGUUCAUAGUUUAGGAAUAUCUAAAAUAUUUCAAAAACUGUAAAGCUGCAA